GGCGGAACCAUGUCGAGGGAGAUUUUGUAACAAGAAAAGAGGAAGAGUGUUUUCGGUGGACCGGAAGUUGUCUCCCGGAGUCACAUUGAAAAACGAAAAUCAUUGAUAACGUUAGCUACGCUUGUAGCUACUGUCAAGGCACGCAGUGGAGCAGCAUACAGACUCAUUCAUUCCUGAUGACUCCACUUGAAUAAUCGUAGAUAUGUUUAUCUCAAGGGUGGCCCCUCGCCUCAGUCUGCUUUGCAGAGCAACUGGUGUACUUCAGACUCCAGUACAGUCAUUGCGUGGAUCUCUACUGGCCGUCUUCCCUGCUUGCUGCUCUUCUCUAAAUGGAAAAGCCAGAAACUAUGGAACGGCAGCAGAUAACUCACAGCCUCCUCAACCGUGGGUGGCACUGGAGCCAGACCUGGAAGAGUUCCUCGUCCCUCGUAAUCUCUCAGUGUCCCCACUGGAGAGCUGGCUCUCCCUGCACUACUCCCUCCCUCCCCUGCUAGAGGCUCCUCAGCCCCUGGAGGAAGGAGGUGUGAUGGUGGACACCAAGGUGUUGCCCCCAUUUGCAGUCCCUCUACUGGAGGAGAGUGAUGGCUCCGUCACGCCCCUCAGCUGUAAGAACGUGCUGGAGAUCCGGCGGCGGAAGAUGAACAGGCACAAGUACAAGAAGCUGCUGAAACGCACUAAGUUCCUUAGGAGGAGAGUGUUGGAGGGCAGGAGGAAGAAGAAGCAGAAAGGCUUUGAGAAGGAUCUGCAGAGGAUCUGGAUGAGAGCUGGACUGAAGAAAGCCCCAGAGGGAUGGAACACACCCAAAAUCUUCAUUAAACAGUACAAGUCCAAGAGGGGAUGAAGAAGAGUACAUGCAGGGCUGAAAGCCUUCUGGCACACCGCUGACUGACCCACAUACUGGGUCAUAACAGGACACGUACGCUUUUCCUCAAACACAGCAGAGCAGCCUGCUCUCCUUUGCUACUUGUCAGUGAUUUGGACAUUUUCCAGAUGUUCUCUCCUGUUGAGUGUGAUGUUCAUUGUAAGUAAGUGAAAAUGAACAAUAAAGCUUUGUUUCCCAUCCUUA